CGGCGCCCGCGCGGCGCGGCCGUGACGACAUCAGCCUGCGCCCGCGGGGCGGCGAGCGCCUGCGCAGUGGCUCUCGGCGGGCGGUUGCUUGUUGGUUGUUGUAGUAACGGGGGAAGCAGCCGUCGGCGGCUGCCGUGAGCCCGGCUGGGGAAGGAGGAGGGAGGUAGGCGCAGAACGCGGUCCCCGCCCGCCCGCCCCAAGCCAUGGGAAGAUGAGACAGGAAUCUGUGCCACCUAAAUCGUUUGAUCCUGUGAAUCUGCAAGGAAAGGUCUCUGAGGCCCCUGUCUUCUGACUGCAUGACAAGCCCUAAAGGAAAUGCCAGUCGUGAUGGCCCGGGACCUGGAAGAAACAGCAUCAUCCUCAGAGGAUGAGGAGGUGGUAAGCCAAGAGGAUCAUCCGUGUAUCAUGUGGACUGGAGGCUGCAGGAGAAUUCCAGUUUUGGUGUUCCAUGCUGAGGCGAUCUUGACAAAGGACAACAAUAUUCGAGUAAUUGGAGAACGCUAUCAUUUGUCUUACAAGAUUGUGCGGACGGACAGUCGCCUGGUUCGUAGCAUUCUGACAGCCCAUGGAUUUCACGAAGUUCACCCAAGCAGCACUGACUAUAACCUGAUGUGGACAGGGUCCCACCUGAAGCCCUUCUUACUUCGCACCCUCUCUGAAGCACAAAAGGUUAAUCACUUCCCCAGGUCAUAUGAACUCACCCGGAAGGACCGACUGUAUAAGAACAUCAUUCGCAUGCAGCACACUCAUGGAUUCAAGGCUUUCCACAUCCUCCCCCAGACCUUCCUGCUGCCGGCCGAGUACGCAGAAUUCUGCAAUUCAUACUCAAAGGAUCGGGGACCUUGGAUAGUAAAACCAGUGGCCUCUUCCAGAGGGCGGGGUGUCUACCUGAUCAACAAUCCAAACCAGAUUUCCCUGGAAGAGAACAUCCUGGUCUCCCGUUACAUUAACAACCCCCUGCUCAUAGACGAUUUCAAAUUCGACGUCCGACUCUACGUGCUCGUGACUUCCUACGAUCCUCUUGUCAUCUACCUCUAUGAAGAAGGAUUGGCCAGGUUUGCCACUGUACGGUAUGAUCAAGGAGUCAAGAACAUCCGUAACCAGUUCAUGCACCUGACCAACUACAGCGUGAACAAGAAGAGUGGAGACUACGUCAGUUGUGAUGACCCAGAAGUGGAGGAUUAUGGGAACAAGUGGAGCAUGAGCGCCAUGCUUAGGUACCUGAAGCAGGAAGGCAGAGAUACGACGGCAUUGAUGGCCCAUGUCGAAGACCUGAUCAUUAAGACGAUAAUCUCCGCUGAACUGGCCAUUGCUACUGCCUGUAAGACCUUUGUCCCACACCGCAGCAGCUGUUUCGAGCUCUAUGGGUUUGACGUGCUCAUAGAUUCUACUCUGAAGCCCUGGUUGUUGGAAGUGAAUCUCUCUCCUUCUUUGGCCUGUGAUGCACCUCUGGAUCUAAAGAUUAAAGCCAGUAUGAUUUCAGAUAUGUUCACUGUUGUAGGAUUUGUGUGCCAGGAUCCUUCCCAGAGGACAUCAGCUCGGCCACUGUAUCCCACCUUUGAGGCCUCCAGGAGAAACCCUUUCCAGAAACCUCAGCGUCCAGUCUCUGCACAUUGUCAGUCAACAAAUGCCAGACAGCGUUCCCGUCCACUCUCUGCCAGUGAUGCAGAAAUGAAAAACCUGGUGUCUUCAGCCCGGGAGAAGGUUCCUGGAAAACUCGGUGGCUCUGUGCUUGGCCUGUCCAUGGAGGAGAUCAAAGUUUUGCGGAGGGUGAAAGAAGAGAAUGAUCGGAGAGGUGGCUUUAUUCGCAUAUUCCCUACAUCAGAGACAUGGGAAAUAUAUGGGUCCUACCUUGAACACAAGACCUCCAUGAAUUAUAUGCUGGCAACACGCCUCUUCCAAGACAGGGGAAACCCAAGAAGGAGCUUAUUGGCAGGAAGAACACGAAUGCCUGCUGACGGAGUGCCGGAAUUGAAGGUGGAAAGCAUUAAUUCAAAGGCUAAGCUUCACGCUGCUCUUUAUGAGAGGAAGCUCUUGUCUUUGGAGGUACGAAAGCGUAGACGACGGAGUGGCAGAUCGAGGACUGUGAGGCCGAAAUAUCCAGUGAUUACCCAACCAGCUGAAAUGAAUGAUAAAACUGAGACAGAGAGUGAAGAGGAGGAGGAUGUUGCAUUAGACAAUGAAGAUGAAGAUCAGGAAGUAUCCCAGGAGGAGUCUGCUGGGUCUAUUGUGGAAAAUCAAGGCAAAUACACACCCGCAUUGACCAAUACAGUAGAAAGUUCAGCCAAAGAAAAUGUCAUGAAACUUCCUGACUGGAAUAAUAAAAGUGAACAUUGCAGCAAAAUUGAGCCUCACCAGCCAGACCCCAAAUUUAACCUGAUGCAGAUUCUGCAAGAUAACGGCAAUCUUAGCAAAGUACAGGCCCGAAUAGCAUUCUCUGCCUAUCUCCAGCAUGUCCAAAUCCGCCUGAUGAAAGACAAUGAAGGACAGGCAUUGAGUGCCAGCUGGGCUGCCAAAGAGGACGAACAGAUGGAGCUGGUGGUUCGUUUCCUCAAGCGAGCGUCCAAUAACCUGCAGCAUUCACUGAGGAUGGUACUCCCCAGCCGGCGGCUGGCACUGCUGGAGCGCAGAAGAAUCCUGGCCCAGCUACUGGGUGAUUUCAUCAUUGUGUACAAUAAGGAAACAGAACAAAUGGCUGAGAAGAAAUCAAAGCGGAAACUGGAGGAAGAGGAGGAAGAUGGGGUGAAUGCAGAAAACUUUCAGGAGUUCAUCAAACUAGCAAGUGAGAGUGAGCUGGAGGAGGUGCUGACUUUCUACACCCAGAAAAACAAGUCUGCAAGUAUCUUCCUGGGGACACACAGUAGGAGCUCUAAGACCAGUAGCAGCUGCUCAGAUAGUGGUGCCAAAGGUGAUCACCCUGAGACAAUGGAUGAAGUGAAAACAAAGCAGUCCAAACAACAGCAGGCAACAGAAAUUCACUCGGAUAAAUUAUCUCGAUUUACCACUUCAACAGAAAAAGAAAAUAAAUUAGUCUAUACCCAUUCUUCCUCUGCUUCUUUCUCUAUCCCGGCUGCUGCCCUUCUGCAGAAAAUUCCCAGCACCCAUUUCUCAUCUAUUAUCACAACCUCUGACCUCUCUGCAGGGCUGGGCCACCAUCCUUUUACUCAGAUUCCACCAUCUAUCCCCAGCAUGCAUCACAAGUCGACAGUCUUACUGAGCACAGUCCCUGACCGUGAACCUCCCUCCGUACACCCCGGAAUACAGACUGUACCAAGCCCUGGUGGCCUACCACGUUGUCGAUCAGGCAGUUACACAAUUGGCCCCUUUUCCUCUUUCCAAAGUGCUGCACACAUCUAUAGCCAGAAACUGUCUCGUCCCUCUUCAGCAAAGGCAGCAGGUUCAUGCCAUUCAAGCAAGCAUGGAGGAGGAGCCAAAGUACAGAGGGAAGGAGAGGAGGGAGCUUCGUGCAACAAGCGGUACAACCCGAGUAUGGUGACGGCUGAACUGCAGCGGCUGGCCGAGAAGCAGGCGGCGAGGCAGUACUCCCCUUCCACCCACAUCAGUCUCCUCACCCAGCAGGUGACCAACCUGAGCUUGUCAAGUGGCGUCAUAAGCCGAUGCAGUGCUUCAACCCCCCCCACCCUCCGGCCUGUCAUCAGCCCUAGUGGCCCCACGUGGUCUCUACAGUCCGACCCCCAGGGUCCCGAGAGCCACUCCAUCGCUCCUGGAAGCAGGAGCCUCCAAACAGGUGGCUUUGCCUGGGAGGGAGAGGUAGAGAACAACGCGUAUAGCAAGGCUACUGGGGUGAUCCCCCAGCACAAGUACCACCCCACCGCGGGCAGUUACCAACUCCAUUUUGCCCUGCAGCAACUCGAACAACAGAAACUUCAGUCCCGCCAGCUUCUGGAUCAGAGUCGAGCCCGGCACCAGGCAAUCUUCGGCAGCCAGACGCUGUCUAACUCCAGCUUAUGGACAGUUAACACAGGUGCAGGCUGCAGAAUUUCAAGUGCCACCUCCAGUGGCCAGAAACCCACCACCCUGCCACAAAAAAUGGUGCCACCGCCAAGUUCUUCCUCCCUCAUCCCCAAGCCCCCGCCCAGUCACAAACAAGCCCUCAAAAAGGCAGCGUCCCAGAGGACAUCCAAAGGCUCCUCGACAGAAGCGCAACUGAAUGGUCUUCAGAGCAGCCUCCCCCCUGCCAGCUUCGUGCCCAGCGCCAGCACCACAGGAUCUUUGAAACUUCCCCAGGUUAUUUUCGCCAGAUCCAAACUUUUGUCCACACACCCUGGAGUAAUAGGACAGAGAAAAUCAAAGUCGGUGAAGUCAGGGCCACUUUAAGAUCCCGCUCACGCUAAACGAUGACCCCCCUGUGACGGCCAACACCGAGGAAGCACCGCAUCACC